UCCAAACUUGGGUUACUCUACGAUAAACCUAAUUUUCUGAUAUAUAUCACUCAGGCUUCGAGCCUUCGUGAUAUAUUCAUACGCAUAAGAACUCCAAACGAUAAACCUAAUUUUGAUACUCAUUAUUUCUUAAAUAAACUAUGACUGUACAUCACGUUUCUUGGGUUUCCUUGAGCGAAAGAGAAAGUACGGAAAAAGUAAAUAUUCUGUUUAUUCACGGCUAAAGCGACGGAAAAUAGUUUGCCAUAAUAUCGACAUUUCUGCUGUAAUGAUUUCCCUUGGUAACAUAUGUUCAACGACCCACAAGAGAAAAGGACACAAGGUGAAAAGGAGCGGAUAUUAAUAUGAUAAACAUUUGAUACAAUUUUUCAUAAGACAGAAGGAACGUUUUCAAGGCAGGAAAUGACAGCACGACCUGUAAUUGUAAACGUCAAGUCAAGGCUUUUAACGGACGAGGAAAACGAGACCAUCUUUCACGCUCUCGGAUAUAAGUGUCGUACUUUAGCUACAACUGUAGCGGAGCUUUAUUGUGAUGUUGGAGACAAAACCAAGACAUGGGAAAAGCAAGAUUCCGGUGUUGUCUGCUUUGUAAAAGAUUUUGUCAAGCGGUCCUACUUUAUCCGGUUCUAUGACAGAAAGGAUAAAACAAUGAUGUGGGAACAUGACAUCCGUAAAUUUCAAGGCUUUGAAUUUACCACAAGUGAUGGCUGCAUUGCACUGACAGCUCGUGACAAAAAGGUAUUUUUUCUUGAUAAAGAUGAAGCCGAGCAAUUCAAAAAGGAAAUUCAAGAAAAUUUGACAAAAUUUAAGGCGAGGAGAGUACGUCGACAAGGUGCUCGCAAUACCACAGAUGCAGCAUCUGGUGAGAAUGCUGAAGAGAACAAGCCAGCAGGAAAAACGUCAAAGAAGGAAAAGAAGAAAAUAACAAAAGAAGACAUUAGAAUCCCUACAGAUUUUAGACACGUCAAUCACGUGGGUUGGGAUCCUUCAUUUAGUAAUAUUGAUACAAAAUUAGACCCGCAGAUGAGGGCUCUGUUUGAAGAAAUUGGUAUAAGUGACCAAUCACAGGUUGAUAAGGAAACUCUGGACUUUAUAUAUGACUUUAUUGAAAAACAUGGUGGUGCAGAGGGUAUUAUUGCAGAACAGAAGGACGAAUCAAAGAACAGAAAUCGAGUACGCCCACCGCCUCCACCCCUCAGAGGAACAACGCCGACUCCUCCUCCCCCUCCGCCACCAAACAGAAAUCCAGACAUAACUUCCCCAGCUGUACCUGGAACAAAACAGGCUAUAUCUCCCCCACCGCCUCCUUCCAGCGGAAAUCGGCCUCCCCCUCCUCCUUCAAGCAGAAAUCGUUCUGGACCUCCACCACCACCUAGUAGAAAUCAGCCUCCACCACCACCUCCAAACAGAAACCAGAAUAUCCCUCCUCCACCACCUCCAGGAAGAUAUCAGCAUCCACCGCCGCCACCAGGCAGAAAUCGGACUGGCCCUCCACCGCCACCAUCUGGUAGAUAUCAGCCGCCACCGCCACCUCCUGGUAGAAACCAGACUGUACCUCCCCAACCGCCAAGUGGCAGAGGACAUCAGCAUCCUCCACCACCUCCAGAUGGCAGAAGACAGGAUGGUCCUUCCACUCGGCCGCCUUCCGGUGGAAAGCAGGACGAACCCAGUCCUCAUCCACAAACAGCAUUCCAAGACGUAAGCGGUGGAGCUACAGGUCAAGAUAACCCGCUAAAACAGCAAAUUAUGCAGUUACUUCUUCAUAAUCCAACUGAAAUCACAAAUUUUAUAUACGACAUUGUGGACAAACGCGGUGGCCUAGACUUCAUUAAAGACAAAUUUGCCGGAGGACAUGCGCAAACGGAUCCUUCGCAAAAUGAUGACAACGAAUCAGGCACAGGUUCCACUGAUAUCCAAGAUCCCAGGAGCUCCAGCGAUGAUCAAGUUCCCGGUAAAACCUCUAACUAUGAUCAAAUUCCCGGAAGAAGCUCCAACGGUGAUCAAGUGCCAGGAAGAAGUUCUACAGGUGAUGAAGUUCCUGGUAGAAUAUCAGACGAAAAGAGCCCAGACUUUGAAUUAGGCAGUGAUGUAUUCGAUGAUGACGAUGGUGAAUGGGAUGACUUGAAUGAUCAAAUUGAUCAGUACUGAUGGGCUUCAAAUCGUCUUUGUCAUUAGUUUACGUUUUAAUAUAUUUACCAAAACUGCUUCAUACUUGUAAAUAGGAUAUAUACAUAAUAAUAAUGCAUUUGUAUUUUAAAUA